AUGAACCAGAAAUCAAACCCCAAGCCUUGGCAACGGCAUCGUGCCCAUGGCAUCUCCAAGGUUUUAAAGACUUUUUCCACGUCAUCAUUUUCCUCUCUCUCUUAUUUCUCACGUCCCAAAGACUCUUCACAUCGUAAGAUCUCAAAGGCAAGAAAUGAAAAGAAUGGGUUGUUCUCAAACACUGAAGAGAACAGAUAUCAAGCCAAGAAAAUAAUUGAAAAUUACUCUAAUCCACUGUACAAAAUGUACAGAGAGUGA